AUGCGCAUCACGGUGAUGGACGCCAACUCCUCGGACAUGUCCACGUUCGAGGUGGCCGAUGAUAUGGAGCUGGAAAAUCUGAUCGCCCUUUGUCGGAUGGAGUUCAACAUACCGGCCCACAUGGAGUUGGUACUGUCAGCGAAACAGCAAAUGCUGCUGGACCAGAAAAAAACACUUACGCACUAUGACGUCAAGGAUGGCGAUAUGUUACUGCUCCAUAAAGCACCCGCCGCACAACCACCUGGGGCAACAACCGGCGCUUCAGCAGCGCGGGCCCGGCCAAUGAUGCCGGCAACAUCGAACAGAGAAGAACCAGCGGUGUUGGCCAAUCUGGACUUUGGCUCGAUUCAAGUACCUACCUCGAUUCGAUCCGGUGCCGGUGGCAAUGGUGGAAAUGGAUCCUCCAGCGGGUUGAACCGUCCAUCCCCAUCGAUCGGUCUCGAGGACGAUCCAGCUGUGGUGCGCGAAAUGUUUCUCUCGAAGCCGGAUCAACUCGCGCUACUGAAACAAAACAAUCCACGCCUAGCUGAGGCAUUGCUUUCCGGCAAUCUGGAAACCUUUGCCACCGUUCUUCGGAAGCAGAUUGCCGAAAGAAUGGAGAAACAGCAGCAACGGCUCCGGAUACUUCAAGCCAGCCCCUUCGACGCGGAAGCACAGCGCUUGAUCGCGGAAGAGAUCAAGCAAAAAAACAUCGAAGCGAACAUGGAGGCGGCGAUGGAGUACAACCCGGAAACGUUCGGUACGGUGGUGAUGCUGUACAUCAACUGCAAGGUUAAUGGGCAUCCGGUCAAAGCGUUCAUCGAUUCGGGCGCACAGGCAACUAUAAUGAGCGCCGCCGCCGCUGAACGCUGCAACAUUAUGCGGCUGGUCGACACGAGAUGGGCCGGCAUUGCGAAAGGUGUUGGCGUGCAGCGAAUUAUCGGCCGGAUUCAUAUGGUGCAGAUACAGAUCGAGAAGGAUUUCCUCACGUCUAGCUUUUCGGUGCUGGAGGAGCAACCGAUGGAUAUGCUGCUGGGACUGGAUAUGCUGAAGCGGCACCAGUGUAACAUCGAUCUGAAGAACAAUGUGCUGCGCAUUGGAACGACCGGUACGGAGACACCGUUCCUGGCGGAAGGCGAUCUACCCGAAUGUGCCCGCUUGACCGGUAGUCCCGAGGAGGAGAAACGUGCCCUGGCCGAGUCGGCGAAACUAGCGGAAGAACUUGCCAUCAAGGAAGCACUCAGCAAGAGUCAAAGCGAUCAAGCUUCGACGAGUGGUGCGGGAAGUAGUGGCAGCAACGUCACGCCGACAACAGAACCGUCGCCUGCCAGCAGUGAGGCUGCGAAAGCACCAGCACCACAGUCAUCGGCACCGGAACCAAUGCAGGAAGAUGUGGAACCACCGCUGACACUUCUGCCGACCGAUCGGUUCAGCGAAAUGGAUGUGGUCGAGCUGGAAUCGAUGGGCUUCAAGCGUCAGAUGGUGAUCGACGAACUUCGGGCCGCCAACGGCGACAAAACGAAGGCCACUUCGGGUCUGUUUGCGAAGCUAGGGUAA